AUGGAUUCCGAAAUAGAUAUCCUAUUGUUUAUCAACUGCACCCAGCAGAUUCUGGGUCGGCAGCAGUCUUGGGAUCAUCUCAAUGUGACUCAGAUCCUGGACCUGCUACCAACGAAGAUCCUUGAAGACAUCAAUCUUAAAAUCACUCUUGGCAACUGUAUGGGUUUGGGUGAAAGGCCAUUCAGUCCACCAUGGUGGGUGCAACUGGCUUGGUUCAUGGUAUUCGCAAUCAUGCUACUGCUCGCUGUCUUGGGGAAUACCUUAGUCAUUUGGAUAGUUUUGGCACAUCGUCGCAUGAGGACAGUAACAAAUUGCUUCCUCGUGAAUCUAGCGUUCGCAGACUUGUUGAUGGCUACCCUGAACGGAGCACCAAACUUCAUAUUUCUGGUGACCGCUGACUGGCCCUUCGGGUCAGUGACCUGUACUGCAAGCAACUUCACUGCCAAUUUGACUGUAUCUGCUGGAGUGUUCACACUAGUCGCCAUCACUGUUGAUAGAUACGUGGCGAUAGUGAAACCUCUGCAACACAGACUGAGUCGUCGUGUAGCGCGCGCGGCGCUCUUCACCGUCUGGUGCGCCAGCGCUCUGCUUGCACUGCCCAGUCUACUCUACUCUGAUACUUAUAAGAAACAAUAUGUGAACGGUGACAGAGAAAUAUGUUUUAUUAAAUGGCCCGACGGCAGUUAUCCAUCAUCGAGAACUGAUUAUGUGUAUAACCUAUUAUUUCUGGCUGUGACGUACGUGGUGCCUAUGUCAGUGAUGGUUUGGGCGUACGCUCGAAUGAGUGCCGCUUUGAGAGGCCGAGCAAUCGGCGAGUGUACUCAUCAUCAGAUGCAAGUCGUUAGAGCUAAGAGAAAGGUGGUGAGGAUGUUCGUCCUGGUGGUGAUGGUGUUUGCUCUCUGCUGGCUGCCCUACCACGCGUACUUCGUCCUGACCUACCAUUAUCAAUCCUUAGCGUCUGCGCCCUUUGCCCAGCAUAUUUAUCUCUUCUUCUACUGGUUGGCCAUGGCGAAUUCUAUGUUCAAUCCUUUAAUUUAUUACUGGAUGAGUAAUAAAUUUCGCAUCUACUUUCGUAUGGUGUUAUGUUGGUGUUGGACACCAAAAACAUCAUCAUCUACUGAUAUGAAGAAAUUAGAAAUGAAUAAAUCAUUCUCAGUGAGUCAAAGAAACUAUCGGGACAUAUCGUCCUUUAGCAGAGCAUGA